AUGUCAGGAUUGACUGCGAGUGCCGUGGAGGAAUGGAUGGAUUCACACAAAGACUUCAUGCAUGAAUUAUUCCUAAAGAAAGCGGAUACUAUCCUUAUCAACAAGUGGCUGUUACUGCACGGAUAUAGCGCGGUAGGUGAAAGUGCACCACAUCCUACCAAAAGGGGUUCACUGAGUGGUGGUAACAGCAAUCCCUCCUCUCCACGUGAUCUUCGUUGUGAUGAUGGUUUUUUUGAGAAUGCUCACCAAAGAACAAAUUCUAAAAAAUAUCUUCGUCAGGACUUCGCGAAAUCAAAAAAGAAGAACAUAUUUAGAACUUACGAGCCGACGUCCUCACCCGAACUCACGAUCGAGGGCCGACGUAGUAGUCUAAAAGACAUGCGGAUGUUCCGGUCUCUGCCCCCAAAUUCUGUGAACAUUUUGAGUCUUUUGAUACAGUCAAAGGUGAGACUACCACGUUAUCCUAGUAAAGAUAUCGACAUGAAGCGGGAUCUGAGACAACUCAACGAACGGGAUUUCUUUUUGGAAAUUGUGAAGGAUAUUUCCAACGACCUUGACCUUCGGAGUCUUACCAACAAGAUAAAAUCCAACAUUAGUGUGUUAGUUGAUGGUGAUGCAGGGUCCGUGUUUGUUGUAGAGGGAAAGGGUUCUAAUCGCCCUGUCCUUGUGUCCAAGUUAUUUGAUAUUCAUUCUGGGACCUCAAUCUUUCCAUCCACUUCCGGUGAGAGCAGCAUCAAAGUCGCGUGGGGAAAAGGAAUAAUAGGACAUGUUGCUGCAAAUGGAGACACGGUGAAUAUCCUGGACGCAAGUUUGGACCCCCGGUACAAUGACGAGGUGGACCGAAUAACAGGCUACGUCACAGAGUCCAUCAUCUGUAUGCCCAUUCGGAACUCGGACAACGACAUUGUGGGUGUGGCCCAGGUUGUUAACAAGACCGGGUCAUGUGAAGGUUUCAGCAAAGACGAUGAAAAGAUGCUGGCGACAUACUUAACGUUCUGUGGGAUUGCAAUACAUAAUGCCCAGAUAUUCGAGGCCUACAGCAAAGAAUACGAGAGGAAUAAGGCUCUGCUGGAGGUUGUCCAUGACGUUUUCGAGGAACAGACGUCACUAGAAAUGGUCAUUCACAAGAUAAUGCAGAGAGCACAAACGCUACUGAAGUGUGAGAGAUGUUCCGUCCUGUUACGGGAUGGUACGUCAGAGACAAAUUUUAACCAGGUAUUCGACCUCGGUUAUCCAGUGAAAAACGGACAGUCUUCCAAUUAUAACCCUGAAAACUCUUCAGACAUGAAGUUUGGUAACAAGAUUGCGGAACACGUGCUGAUUACAGGGGAGACAAUCAAUAUUUCGGAUGCCGAACAGGAUUGUCGUUUCGAACAAGAGGUCGACAAAUGUGGAAACAUCACUAUGAGGUCAAUACUGUGCAAGCCGAUACGAAACAGAGAGUCAAAAACAAUCGGAGUCGCUCAGGUAAUGAACAAAUCCGACGGUUUUUCCUUUGAUGAACAUGACGACCAGCUGUUUGAAGCUUUUACGAUAUUCUGCGGUUUGGGAAUCAACAACUGUGUUCUGUACGAGGAGAUAGCUCUAUUGUUAUCGAAACAAGCAGUCACGUUAGAGACUCUAUCCUACCAUUCUGGUGUAUCAGCCACAGACGUGGUGCGACUUAAGAGCCAGAAAGUACCGGAGACCACGGAAUGGAAACUGGACAGUCAUAGAUUUAACGAUUUCUCUCUCACCAAAGACGAGAUGUUGGUGGCCUCUAUUAGAAUUUUCAAAGAUUUAGGAUUCAUUAGGAAGUUUAAAAUUGAUUACGAGGUUCUGUGUCGAUGGCUGCUGACAGUAAGGAAAAACUACCGAAACGUUGCCUACCACAACUGGAGACAUGCAUUUAACGUGUGUCAGACUAUGUUCGCUUCCUUAAAGAGAAGUGGAGUAAAGCGACACCUGUCGGACAAGGAGACAUUAGCGUUGGUGGUUGGAUGUCUUUGUCAUGACCUAGAUCACAGGGGUACUAACAACGCCUUCCAGCAAAAAACUGGAUCUGCGCUUGCUCAGUUGUACGGUACCAACGGCACAAUGGAACACCACCAUUUCAACCAUGCAGUCACAAUACUAAACAGUGAGGGUAAUAACAUAUUCGCCAAUUUUACGUCCGAAGAGUAUAGUGGCAUUAUAACAUUACUGAAGGAGUCUAUUUUGGCGACCGAUCUCUCCCUCCACAUACAGUUACGUAACAAGUUUUUCGCAAUGGUCGACUCCGGCCAAAGCGCAUGGGAUGACCGAGAAUCAAAAGAAACUCUCCGAAGUAUACUGAUGACGUCAAGUGAUAUAGCCUCGAUAACAAAACCGUGGCAAAUACAGCGAAAGGCCGCAGACCUAGUGAUGUCCGAGUUUUUUGACCAGGGAGACAAGGAAAAACACCAGUUGAAUAUACAGCCACAGGCCUGCAUGGACCGGGAACGUCAGGACGAGCUACCAAAACUGCAAAUGGGCUGGAUAGACGGAAUUUGUCUUCCUUUGUAUAAUGCAAUGGCGAAAAUGGACAUAUAUUUUUCACCAUUGAAAGAGGGUGUUUUAGCUAACAGAGGCUACUGGGAGAAAAUGGACGCCGAUAAGCUUGCCAAAGACAUUGUUCGUGAAACUGGAGUCUAA